AUGGCUCAGCAGUCUCGUCGACCCCAAUCCAAGUCGUUCUGGCGAGUCCUUUCAUCAUCUCGUAACCGGUUAGGCGAUUCAGAGGACUCUCUGGUCCAUCCUCAAAUGUCUCAACCUAGCCAGCAAAUACUUGCGGCCGCUACCCUUAGAGGGCCUGCAAAGCUAGCCGCAGUUACAAGUUUGAUGGAAAAACUGUCACGAGAUCUAGUUUCCGCCAAUCUAUCUACUCAACAACGCGACUCUACCUUAGAAGAGCUUAAGAUAUACGGAAGAGAUCCUCAGAAUGCGGAUCCCAUAUUUACAAAAGAGGGCAUAGAGACGCUCGCCCGACAUGCAUUUGAUAGUACAUCCAGCACUACAUCCAGAAAUGCGUUGCGAGUUCUCUGCAAUGCGCUACUCCUAAAGCCAGAGACUCGUCAGGUUUUCGUUGACCUUGGCUACGGAGGCAAAUUGUGUGACAAGUUGCAGAGUGAUAGUCGCGAUGACGAAUUUCUAGUUUCCAGGAUACUCUUUCUAACGACUUAUGGCACGGACACGGACUUGACUGAGCUUAUUGAUAACCAUCAUCUUGCAGAUACUAUUAACAAGAAUCUUGAGCGGCAUGCAAAGCGUCGCACCACCGGAAGCCCGGUGACGGAUCCCAUGGAAGACAUGGCGCUCACGGAGACACUCAAGCUCCUCUUUAAUAUUACUCACCAUUGCAAAGACAGGGUUUCCUCGUUUACCUCAACUAUACCCCACAUCGUUACCUUAUUGUGUAAAGGUUCAUUUCAAGUCCAGAAACCGCUAGACCCCCCUACCGGCCAAUUGGUCCAUGCCCUCCUUAACUUAGAUAUUGCCGCCAAAGAGGUUCAGACAUUUCUUUUCCCCGAAAGCGAUCCUAGCGCCCUAGCCAACCAUCUAGUUGAUCUACUAUCCGCUUCGAUCACUAUAUAUGCAAAUGAGGACUUAGAACCGUCGGUUACGCCCCUAGUUAGCGUGAUCCGUGGAGUUCAUGAACACGCACCUGCGGAUGUAAAGAAGUCUAUACGCACUAGGCUUUUGCCAACCGAAGACGACAGGACUGAAGUACUCGGCCGGACUAGCACCCUGCCUUCUUGGCUCUUAAAGAAUUCGACAAAUCCUUUAACGCCUCAGCUUCGAGAGAUAAUAUCCAAUUUGUUCUUUGAUAUGUCUGACAGAGACGCAUCAACGUUUGUCGAGAACGUGGGCUAUGGCUUCGCCUCUGGUUUCCUAUUCAACCGGAACUUGCCGGUUCCCGAUAACGCCUCAGAAGCGUUCAGUACUGCCACGGGUGGACCUAAUAGACCCGUUAACCCCAUCACGGGCCAGUUCCUGGAUGCCGAAAGACAUCCCGAGGAGCCCGAGAUGACUGAGGCCGAGAGGGAAAGGGAGGCAGAACGGUUGUUUGUCUUAUUUGAAAGAUUAAGAGCGAAUGGUGUUAUUUCUGCUGAGAAUCCAGUGCGAACAGCUGUCCAGGAGGGCCGAUUUGAAGAGCUGCCUGAUGAUUACGGGGAGGAGGAUACUGAUUGA